AUUAAACGCAAUUGUGCCAGCGCAGAGGCGAGUUGUGUGUUGACCAGCGGCGAGUGAAGAACCCCAAAGAAACAGCCUAAACAGCAAAAUGGCCAAUCUGCUCCUUGUGAUCGUUGGUGUGGCGGCCCUUGUGGCGGCGGGACAGGCGGCCGGUGUCUCCACUGAUCAGCUGCAGCGGCUAAUCGCCGAGGAACAGAGCAAGUGCGCCAGUGGCCAAGACUCGAUGGCCUGCAUCAAAGAGCGGGCCAUGCGGUUCGUGGACAACGUGAUGAGCAAAGACAGCUACCAGGUGUCCAACCUGGAGGUGCGCUCCAACGGCCAGAAGACCAAGCCAAUCAGUGAAGCCCGUGCCAGCAGUGCCGAUGGAUUCAUGGAUGCCGUCGAGAACUACAUCCUUGGACACGAUGUCAGCAUGGACUUGCCCUUGGCCGAUGCCAAGGUCACCGUCUCGGCCCGCAACCUGGUUAACAAUCAGCUGAGCCUGAACCUCCAGCUGAACGGCGACGAAGGCGAUGAGGGCACCGAUGUCGAAGCCAGGGGUAAGAAGGGCAACAUCUUCAAGAAGGGAAAGAAGCACCGUCUCCGUAAGCUGGCCAUGCCCAUCCUGGUGCUCAUCCUGCUGAAGGCCAUCACCGUGAUCCCCAUGGCCAUUGGCAUUCUGAAGAUCAAGGCCUUCAACGCCCUGGCCCUGGGCUUCUUCUCCUUCAUUGUCUCGGUUGGUUUGGCCAUUUUCCAAUUGUGCAAAAAGAUUGCUCAUGAUCAUCAUCACACCGCCCACAUCACCGCUCAUGGUCCUUGGGACGGUCGCACCUUUGGCUCCGUUCCUGUCCCCGUCGUCGAGCAGCCCCAGAAGUUGGCCCAACCCCUGGCCUACCAGGCCUACGCCUAAACCACAAAAAUGGAACACCGAGAUCCGAUCGGAGCAGAGCAGAUUGAAGCCAAGGAGUGGUCGCGAAAGCACAAAAUCAUUUGUUAAUUGUUAGGAAUAUUCUGUGGCUUUGGACCACUUUUCCACAUUCCCUGUGCUGCUCAUUUCAUUAGACUUUACUUAUAAUAUUUAUUAACUAUUUAUUGAAAACAAGAGAUUAAGAAAAUAGAGACGCAAAGCAAAAGCACCAAAAUAAAGUAGCAAAAUAAAUGCCUUAAAUAUGCUAAAA